UCCAUUGAAAGGGCAUCUUGCUGAUUUUAUAUCGUUCUAGUUCCUUAAGAGAAUGUCUUGCGGUACAAAGUCUUAAAGAAGUCUAAGUCUAUUACAUCAGCACUAUUACAUUUAUCACCUGUAACCUUGUUGUAAUCACUCUAUCACUUUACGAGCUCCCAUAUUCAGUCACAAUAAGCUGAGAUUCCCACAAGGUCAUUUGCAUGCACACCAUAAUACCCGGAGAGCCUGUUUCACGAGCAACUCACCAGAAUCUGGAGACCAGGUCUGACGCCAAGAGGCAUCACAAGAUGAGGAAAAGCCGGGCAACUUCUACUCCAUAGAAGGGCCACACAUUGACAGACAAUCUCAGGCCAAAGCUGAGUUGAGCACCAGCAAAGAAGAGGAGCUGCGGAAGGAGACUCAGCUAGGUAUGAAGCCCUACACCAACUGGGAGGAGUUCUUCAUGCCGGCCCCCAUCUUCAUCACCAAGCUGGGAGAGCUGAUGUCCAUCUCUGCAGGUGGGGAACAUGUCGUCUUCAAGGAGAACACCCCAACAUUGUCGAAAUCCUUUGGGGCUUGCUUGCAGCUAGUGAACAACCAAGUCUGGUGGUCCUUUCGCAACACCAGAAAGAUCAUGAAUGAAAUCAAGGGGCACUUCAUGGGUGUCCCAAAGAAGAUGGCAAACAUUGUCCUAGCCUUCUUCCAGGAUGAAGUGGGGAAGGCUCCCUCCAAGGAGGAGCUUGAAAGCAUGCAGCUUGUAUUAAAGAACUGCAGAGACUCCACACAGAAGUUUAACAACACAUUCUCUCCUGCGAUCGACCUGAUUGAGAAGCUGCUGCAGGCCUGUGAAAAGGCCAAGCAGGCCUAUGAGGAUGAGCUGAAGGAUGUACAGAAUCUGAAGGCAGACAUCACCAGGGUGAAGCCGGACAAGGAGGAGUCAGAGCAGGAUGGAAGGAAGAGGAGACAGCAGCUGGAAGAGGCCUUCCAGAAGUACAAGGCAAGCAUCCCCACUUCAGGCAAAUCGGUAGGCAUGUGCUUGCUGCAAAUGAUAAAAAGCUGUGUCACUGACCCAGGAGCAGCACCUGGACCUGUUUUCAAAGAGCAGGACGGAACUGAGCUGACAGAUGAGACGUUCUUAAAAGUGAAGGAGAACUGGGAGGUGCUGAGGUCAACCCUGGAGGAGGAGGAGAAGAAAUUUCAGCUCACCGAGAAGCAGAACCAGGAGCUGAUGAAAACCGAAUGUGACAUAAUGACAUAUGAGGCAAGAGAAAAAGAGUUAGAGAUAGCUGGACGGAUACUGGGCCAAGGGGCGGAAUCCCUGAAGAGCAUGAAGAGGCAGUGGGACAACAUGGUGCCGUUCUUUCAGAUGAUCUCCAGUGAGAUCGAAUCCUGCUUCAGGGAAUAUUUCGAUUCUGUUAAAGCUAUCACGAACCCCUCCACAAUGGACCCAGUCUACACUCCGGCAUUCAAAGCUUCCAACGUGGCUCAGUUUGUGUACAUGAUCUCCAAGACCUAUGUCGAGGUAUCUGAUAAACACCUGAUGCCUCUGUUGGGAGAGCUGGAGGAAAUCUCUACAAAGCCUUCCAAAGACAGUUUCAAAUCUGAGGAGUGGUGUGACAAGGCCCAGAGAAACAUCUCCAGCCUGGUGCAGAAGAAGGAGGAAGAGUUCAAGAAGAAUUUAAAGGGCCAGGUGGAGACCAUCAAAAAAGACAUGAAGGCCAUGCAGCCCCCAAUGAAUGAGGAUAAGCUGAAGGCGAUAGAAGGCGCCAUGCGGCAGGCAAUGAGGGAGCUGAGAGUGCAAUAGAAAGAUCAGUAUGAAUAUGACGACCCAGUGGGGUCCCAGCUACUGGCUCAAACUGAGAUUAAAAAUUUCCACCUCUUCCUGUUGCUUGAUUUUCUGCUUGGAGAUCCCCACCAGACGCUUUCUCAAAGCUCACCUUGGGAAAAACUCCAUUAGUCUACUCUUCGACCCUCUGGGGGAAGUCCCGCCAGUUCCCAACUCAGCCAUCCCCAGCAAGCCCUUGUCAUGAUUGUUCUUAUCAGUCUAUGUCCCCAGGGCUCUAGCACUAAAUGUCCCAAGUGAUGCAUCUCCCAGCCCUUCCCCUGAGGAGAUAAUUCCAAGGUCAGUGACCCAGGAGAACAAUGAGGUUCUCCGCUAACUCAGCCCAGGCACUGGAUGGUUAUUGGAUACACACCUGAGGAGAUGUGGUCCAUAGCCAACAUCAGGGACUCACCUUGUUUCCCCAGUGAGAGGAGACAUCAAAGAUAUGCCAUCUCCAUUUCUUCCUCCCCUUUAUCCCCUCUGAACCCAUAAUGAAGUGUCUUGAA